GAGAGAGAGAGGAGAUUCGGGAUUACAUAUAAUCACACCAUUAAACAAAGAAAGAAAUGUGUGUACUGUGUACUACAGUUUAACAUCAUUUGUACUGCAUAAUUAAAGACCCCCACGUACAUACUGACGACAUACACCAAACCAGAGAGACUUACAUUACAUGACUGUUUGUCUGUUUCUAUGAAAACAUCUGCAUUCUUACAAAGAAGAAGAACAUUGGAAGAGAUGAAUCAGGUAAUUAAGAAGCUGUAAAUCCUGUCUCACAAGUUUUCUUCUUCUCUCCAAAAAACAAUAAUUUGUUUUUCUCUUCUUCUCUGGCUCGCUCUGGUUCUUAUCAUUUUCAAAUUCUUCUGUACUGCAGAUAUAUACGACCUUUUCUCUUCUAAUAACUUGCUGUGUGACCUAUGAUUCCCUGAACCUCUUUUUAUUUUAUUUUUAAUCUUCAAUCAUUUUACUAAUAUUUAAAAUUAAAAGUUUUUGUGCAGCUUCAUUGCAUUGUAUUAUUUAUUACUGCUUCUGUGGUUGACUUUAUUAGGCUACCUUCCCUAUAUAUAUAUAUAAACAUAUCAUUGUCAUGAAUCAUGAUCAUCUUGUUAACUUAAUUAGGGUUUAGACUUUAAUUAGCAAAUUCUGAGUUUCACUAGAACCAUCUGUGUAAGAAUAUGUCUUCUCAGCCGAAUCAUCAGACUUCAAUAUCAAGUUUACUUCAUGAUCGCUUGCAUAUCCCUCCUGCAGAAACAAUCGUUGAGAAACACUCCUCCGCAGAGAAGGACGACACUUGUCAAUCACAAAGAAAAAGGAAAGAACCAGUUUUACAUGAGGUUGAUGGCUCAAGUAGUGGUGCAUCAAAGAAACAAGACCAUAACGCUAAGGAGCGUUUAAGGAGGAUGAGACUUCAUGCCUCUUACCUCACUCUCGGCACUCUUCUUCCUGAUCAUUCUUCUUCUUCCAAGAAGAAAUGGUCUGCACCGUCUAUAAUCGAUAAUGUGAUCACUUACAUUCCCAAGCUACAGAAUGAAGUUGGAGAGCUAACUCUUAGAAAGCAGAAGCUUGUGGAGUUAGAGAGACGGGGUCCUUCCAUUCGAGCAAUCUCGGUUCUUGAAUUGGGGGAAUCAGGUUAUGAGGCUGUUGUACAGAUAUGCUUGAAGAAAGAAAACGAAGAUGAGUUCUCGAACUUGCUUCAUGUAAUGGAGCUGCAAGGUUUGAGUGUUUUAAGUGCCUCUACUUCUCAAGUUUGCCGAGAGCAAAGGGUGGUUUGUUACAACUUCCAUGUCAAGAUGGAUGAGAAGCCAUGUGAAGGUGAUGACUACAUCACAGUGUUAAAGAACAACAUCAUUUCUUCGCUUCGUGACAACACAAAAUGCAAAUGAAAUAUAUAGUGAGGUAUAGAAUCAACAGAAUAUCUUUGAUGAUGCAUAUCACAACUGCCAUUCCUCUUCUUGCUCAGAUCAUGUUUAAAUGGUUUCGUGUUUGAAAUCAUAUUUAGAUGUAGACGUUAUGUCUAUCCCCCUAUGCAAAACCGCUAGUUAUUAGUAUGCAUCAAGAUCACGAUUUUGAGUCUCGAUGUAAGAAAAGAGGCCAAUUUACAUGCCCUGGUCUCGGAUCCGAGAGGAUUAUGGACCAAAGGCCCAUAGCUUCUUGUAAUCCAAAAAGAAAUUUAUUUGUGAUACUAGAAACCCAUGUUGGUGAUUUAGCUCAGUUUUUCAAGAUAAGUUGUUAGAAUGCCGAAUAAUGUUUUGGUCGGUUUCUAAAGAUACUAUUUUGAACUCGGUUAAGCAAUGAUUGUUUUAGGAAGACUGUACUAGAGUUCGGUCUCAAUAAACCAGUUCGAAGAAUAUAAGUCGGAUCAGCCUGACAAUUUCACGAGCCGAGAGAAAGAGACAACAUAUUCAAGUAUGACAACACAUGGCACCGGAAAAAUGCCGAGUUUGUCAGGCCAACCUUUGCAGUUUGCUAGAAAUAAGUUGAGCAUUGGACUAUAGAGAGGCACAUGAUUCAAUAGAGAGAGUAGUCCUGUACAUACUACCUCAACAUUUAUAUUUCAUUUCAACUCUUAAAUGAAUGUAAUAAAGGGUUUGAAUGUACGUUACCAGCGUAGCGGACUAAACUAUCAUUGGUCUAAACUAAUCUAUUUUGGGGUAGACAAGACGCUGUCACAGACCAAAUUUAUGUAAAAGCGGUUUGUAGUUGGUUCGCACCACUACAGACUAUAUGAAUGU